UGGGAGAUACGUGUAUUGUCUCCGCUCCUCUCCAUUCAAGUGAGGCAUUUCUAAGGGACCAACAACGGAAGAGAGAUUACUUUCACCAAAGAUUCAGCCGCAUUUGAAUCAAACGGGAGGCUCAGCUACCCCAAGCUGGAUCUAUUUAGAACGCAAUUCCGUUAUCAUCACGCUGUGUGCUCCUGUGAUGGACUGCCUGUGAAUUAAAACACGAAACACAACUUUUCGGUCUUCUAUUUCUGGAAGAUUCGUUGAUUUUCCCCUGGUUUUCAAACUAUUCAUUAAUGUUUAGGUAUUCGUUGUGGAAGUAUGACAUCAGUGCACUGUGAUGGGUGGUGAUUCACGAUUUCAACGGCGGAAUAUCAACGGCACUUCCUCGUACGCUCUGUAGAAAAUGAGUUAUGAUUAGUAGCGUUUACAUUCUUCCCACAGUGGCUGGUGUUCUUUAUUGAAUAUCGACUCAAAUUCAAACCCGGAAUGGGUGUCCAAGCAACAAGCGACUGUGUGAACGGUACUCUGCUUCUCGGCAGUUGUGCGCACAUUUAGAAGGAAUAAGGCAUUGCUAAACCCGUCGGUAGCCUAAACCAGAAUAAUCUGCACACCUGCACAUUUUUUUCUACACAUGGACUUACUUUGGACGAUAUAUCACCUUGAUUUCAUAGAAGUAUAAUUUUUAAAAAGUGCCUCGGUGAAUCUGGUCUUUUCUUCUGAAUCGAAGUCGGAGGAGGCAGGAGGGAGAGAAAGAGAUAGAGAAGGACCAUGGCCAGGCUAAGGCAUGGUGGUGGUGUGGUUCUGAACAAACCCUGCUUUACGUGGCAAGUGUUGUGGGUGAUGAAAGCUCUAUUCGACCUCACAGCAUCGCAGGAAAUUUACGCACCGCAUUCCAUAAGAAUGGAGGGAGACCUGACCCUUGGUGGCCUCUUCCCUGUGCACGCCCGGGGGAUCCCGGGGGAACCGUGUGGCGACAUAAAGAAAGAGAACGGGAUCCACCGCCUCGAAGCUAUGAUGUACGCCUUGGAUCAAAUCAACAGUGAUGACGAGCUUUUGCCCAAUAUCACCCUAGGUGCCCGGGUGCUCGAUACGUGUUCUAGGGAUACCUAUGCUCUGGAGCAGUCUCUGACUUUUGUGCAGGCACUCAUACAAAAAGACACUUCGGACGUGAGGUGUUUGAACGGUGAGCCACCAGUGUUCGUCAAGCCAGAGAAAGUUGUUGGAGUGAUUGGAGCUUCAGCGAGUUCUGUAUCAAUCAUGGUGGCGAACAUAUUACGUCUCUUUCAGAUUCCUCAGAUCAGCUAUGCCUCCACGGCCCCGGAGCUGAGCGACGACCGACGAUACGACUUCUUCUCUCGCGUGGUGCCUCCGGACUCAUUCCAAGCCCAAGCCAUGGUGGACAUAGUCAAGGCCAUGGGCUGGAACUACGUAUCUACCGUCGCGUCAGAAGGAUCCUAUGGAGAGAAGGGAGUAGAUGCCUUUCAUCAGCUGUCCAGAGAAUCAGGUGGGAUCUGCAUCGCUCAGUCCUUAAAGAUCCCUCACAAUCACAAGCAGGAGAACUUCGACAAGAUCAUCAGGCUGCUUCUGGAGACUCGUUACGCCCGGGCAGUCAUCCUCUUCGCAUCAGAUGAGGACAUACGGGGUAUCCUGAACGCCAGCAAGAGGGCGGACCAGGUGGGUCAUUUCCUGUGGAUCGGUUCAGACAGCUGGGGAGCCAAGAUCAGCCCUGUCCAUCAGCUAGAGGAAGCAGCAGUGGGAGCUGUCACUAUCCUGCCAAAAAGAGCAACCAUCGCCGGAUUUGAUGCCUACUUCACAUCGCGGACGCUGGAGAACAACAGGAGAAACGUCUGGUUCGCAGAAUACUGGGAGGAGAACUUCAACUGUAAACUAAUGAGCUCUUCCAAGAAGGAAGACACCAGCAGGAAAUGCACAGGAAGUGCUGGGACGUCAGUGAAUUUCAACAGGAACGGUGAUGCUCCGGGACGUUACGACCUGUUCCAGUAUCAGAUCAACAACAACAGCUCCCCAGGGUACAAGAACAUUGGACAGUGGACAGAGACAUUACAGCUCAACAUCGAGGAUAUGCAGUGGCCGGACGGACAGACAGAGAUCCCCAGCUCUGUGUGCAGUCAGCCCUGCAAGACAGGACAGAGGAAGAAGGCAGUGAAAGGCAUGCCGUGUUGCUGGCACUGUGAACCCUGUGAUGGCUACCAGUACCAGUAUGAUGAAACAUCCUGCAAGCUGUGCUCCUACAGCAUGAUGCCCAACCCCAACAGGACGGCAUGUCAGCCCAUCCCCAUCGUGAAGCUGGAGUGGCAUUCCCCUUGGGCAGUGAUCCCCGUCUUCCUCGCCAUGCUGGGUAUCAUCGCCACCAUCUUCGUCAUGGCAACCUUCAUCCGCUACAACGACACACCCAUUGUCCGUGCAUCGGGCCGUGAACUGAGCUAUGUCCUCCUCACUGGGAUCUUCCUCUGUUACAUCAUCACCUUCGUCAUGAUCGCCAAGCCCGACAUCGCCAUAUGCUCGUUCCGCCGGAUCUUCCUGGGUCUGGGCAUGUGCAUCAGCUACGCCGCGUUACUCACCAAAACCAACCGGAUCUACCGAAUCUUCGAAGAAGGUAAGACGUCUGUGACGGCACCCAGGCUGAUCAGCCCGACCUCUCAGCUGGCCAUCACCUCUUCCCUAAUUUCCGCUCAGCUACUGGGUGUGUUCGUCUGGUUCGGUGUGGAUCCCCCGAACACCGUCAUCGACUACGACGAACAGAAGACAUUCAACUCAGACCAGGCUAGAGGAGUGUUGAAAUGUGACAUCACGGAUCUGCAGAUUAUCUGCUCGCUGGGUUAUAGCAUCCUACUCAUGGUCACGUGCACGGUGUACGCCAUCAAGACGCGGGGCGUCCCGGAGAACUUUAACGAGGCCAAGCCCAUUGGAUUCACGAUGUAUACCACCUGUAUCGUCUGGCUAGCCUUCAUUCCCAUCUUCUUUGGGACAGCUCAGUCUGCAGAAAAGCUAUAUAUCCAGACCACCACCCUCUGUAUCUCUAUGAAUCUUAGUGCCUCGGUGGCCUUGGGGAUGCUUUACAUUCCUAAAGUCUAUGUCAUCAUCUUCCACCCGGAGCUUAAUGUCCAGAAGAGGAAGAGGAGCUUCAAGGCGGUGGUGACGGCCGCGUCCCUGACCACACGCCUCUCACACAAGACCAGUGACAGGCCCAAUGGAGAGGCCAGGACGGAAUUGUGUGAAAACAUUGAUCCAAACAGUCCGGCAGCAAAGAAGAAGUAUGUGAGCUACAAUGACAUUGUGAUCUAACAGCCGUCAUCCGAGAGAAGGGCAGGCUGUUUGGGGAUGCUCGGUCUCCUGCCCCUCCUGCCCAAUUGGCAACAUAAAGGAAAUCCAAACUAUGUUUAUGUCCAUGCUGCUUUUACUGCCCACUCACACCCCGGAACCCGCAGAACCCCCCGGAACCCCGGAACUCCAGAACAACACAGUGACAAUGGGUGGGUUCUGGGUUCUAGAGCUUUCCUUUCAAACCGAGGAUUCUGUCUGGCUAACUGAUGUUUUUUUCAUGGUGGAAAAUCAAGAUGGACAUUUCUGUUGGGAGCAAAAUAAUUUACAAAAUAAUUUGUUUUGUUAAAUGAUUUCAGAGAGAAAAAAAAAAGAGGCAGAGAACUGGUUUGGACAAAAAACCUGUGUUCCUCCUCAGGAUUAGUGUCUCUGCAGACCCCUCAGAGCUGGCCCCCCACUCCCUAUAGGUGUGUCUCUACAGGUACGCUGGCUGCAGCAGGAGGACACACCUAUACUGGAGGACUCAUCUGUCCUGGAGGACUCACCUGUCCUUGAGGACUCACCUGUACUGGAGGACUCAUCUGUGCUGGAGGACUCACCUGUGCUGGAGGACUCAUCUGUCCUGGAGGACUCAUCUGUCCUGGAGGACUCAUCUGUCCUGGAGGACUCACCUGUCCUGGAGGACUCACCUGUACUGAAGGACUCACCUGUACUGGAGGACUCACCUGUACAGGAGGACUCACCUGUACUGGAGGACACACCUGUACUGGAGGACUCACCUGUAUUGGAGGACUCACCUGUACAGGAGGACUCACCUGUACAGGAGGACUCACCUGUACAGGAGGACUCACCUGUACAGGAGGACUCACCUGUACUGAAGGACUCACCUGUACUGGAGGACUCACCUGUACAGGAGGACUCACCUGUACUGGAGGACACACCUGUACUGGAGGACUCACCUGUACAGGAGGACUCACCUGUACUGGAGGACACACCUGUACUGGAGGACACACCUGUACAGGAGGACUCACCUGUGCUGGAGGGACUUACCUUUAAUUGACCUACCUGUACCUGCCAUGGGGCUGUUUCUUGUCUUUUAAUGUCCUUCCAAAUUGCAAUUUUUCCAAAAUUCCUGUCGAAAAAAAAGUUUGAGGAUCUAUUGGCCUAUUCGUUACAUUUGUUGUAGAUUUUCUAAAGAUCUCAAUGUAUUUCUUCUUUGCUGCUUGGAUGCACAGUCAAUUAAAGCCAUAUUCUUGUCUCUGAGAUGUCAAGUAUUUUUUCACGUUUUCGAUUCUGGCUGUAUGUCGGUUCGACAAGAAAGACGCACGGAAUCUGAUUUUUACAUUCCCUUAUAUGUGUUUGGGGAGUUUUCUACAGACAUGCUUUUAGUAUGUUGAACAGGUACAGUAACAUUAAACCAUCGACUGUGUUUUCAGUAUGUUGAACAGGUACAGUAACAUUAAACCAUCGACUGUGUUUUCAGUAUGUUGAACAGGUACAGUAACAUUAAACCAUCGACUGUGUUUUCAGUAUGUUGAACAGGUACAGUAACAUUAAACCAUCGACUGUGUUUUCAGUAUGUUGAACAGGUACAGUAACAUUAAACCAUCGACUGUGUUUUCAGUAUGUUGAACGGGUACAGUAACAUUAAACCAUCGACUGUGUUUUCAGUAUGUUGAACGGGUACAGUAACAUUAAACCAUCGACUGUG